CAGCUUCGGUGAGGAGAACCCCUCUGGCCACUGAUCUCUGCAACAUGGACCGCUACAGUGCAGCGAGCCCCUAGCCUCGGAGCUGAAGAAAGCCAGAAAUUCCUGGAGGAGAGGAGGAGGGUUCGAGGGUAACGAAAGGGCGCCCCAGCAGUUGUCGCUAUGGGCGACGAGGGCUGCGGCUCUCCUGGGAAGCGGGCGACGGGCGCAGUGUUUCGGGACGGGGGGGUAACGGUCGAUGUCUGUGCCCAAAGAGCAGUCAACCCGAGGGCGAGGGAAAGCCAGCUCGGCCAAGUCACACACGGGCUGAAGCAGGAUUCACAGAAGCCUGAUAAGGAGGUGAUUGAUAUGUGCUGGGGCGACGCCCACAGUGCAGGCAUCAAACCCCUCUCUUUCGUCCGGCAGGUUCUUGCUGGCUGCCUGCACCCUGAGCUCCUGCACAGUGACAGACUGUCUGUUGAUGCACGACAGAGGGCCCAGAGGCUACUGGGAGCGUGUGACGGUGGCAGCGUGGGUUCAUACACACCCGUGUACGGUCUCCCUCAUGUCCAGCGCAGUGUGGCAGAGUUUAUCACGCGGCGGGAUGGGGGUGUGGCCUGCCUCCCUGAAAACAUCAUCAUCUCCUCAGAGCCCCUGAGGCUGCUGCUGUUCCUGCUGGCGGCCGGCGAGGGCGCGUCUCGCGCCGGGGUCCUGACUCCGGCGCCUGUCUGUCACACCGUCGCCGUGGCGCUGGCGGAGGUGGGCGUGGUCAGCGUGCCCUACCCUCUGUGCGAGGAGCGGGGGUGGGCGCUGCAGGCGAACGAGCUGCGCGGGGUCCUCCAGGCCUCCAGGGGGCGCUGUGACCCCAGGGCGCUGUACGUCGCCAACCCAGGGGAUCCCACAGGUCAUGUGCAGAGUAGGGACUCCAUCGAAGAGGUGAUCCGAUUGGCUGCUGAAGAGAGGCUCUUCCUGUUGGUGAACGAGGCUGAUCAGGACAGCGUGCACGGUGAGGGCUGUGAGUUUGUCUCCUACAGGAAGGUGCUGUCUGAGAUGGGACCCGGGUUCUCCGACACGGUCGAGCUGGCCUCCCUCCACUCCAUCUCCCGGGGGUUCAUGGGGGAGGGCGGCCUGUGUUCUGGGUACAUGGAACUCCUCAACGUGGACCCUGCAGUGGCUGCUUUGUUUCCGAGCAGGCUGCUGACACCGGACAUUAGCACCCCUGUCCUGGGUCAGCUCGCCCUGGACGUCAUGGUCAAACCCCCCCGACCAGGGGACCCCUCCCACCCCACAUAUGCCGAGGAGGUCCGGAGCAGACGGGAAACUCUGAUGGGGAAUGUUCGGCGGGUCCAGGAGGUUCUGGACGCUCUGCCGGGGGUCAGCUGCGUGCCGGGCCUGGGGGGUCAUUACACCUUCCCCCGCCUGCACCUCCCCCGGGCAGCACUGGAGCAGGCCGAGUCAGCUGGAGUGGAGGCUGACCAAUUCUACUGCAGGAAGCUUCUGGAGCAGGAGGGGGUGUGUGUCAGGCCCGGGUGCGAGUUUGGGCAGAGUGAAGGCACCCACCACAUCAGGUUGCAUGUGAUGGUCCCACCUGAGGUUCUGGAGGAAGCGUUGGUUCGUCUGAAGAGGUUCCACCUCCGGUUCAUGCGAGAGUUUUCCUGACCGGCGGAGUUCGCUGUGCCUCCUGCCGCUUCUCAUCGCAAGGCGGCACAUUCCUGGCUCAAAAUGGAGGAAAAUAGAUAAAUCCAACGUUCACCUGAUCCUUUUUGGUGAAAUUGUUUUUUUUUUUUCCCGCCACUAAGCAAUUAUUCGAUGCUUAUUCAGAAUUCACAAGACAGGUCCAGCCAAAUCUUCAGCAGCCAGAUCUGUACAACAUUUGUGGCUUGCAUUUUGACACAACAUUUACCAAAACAAAACUCUUCCCAAGGAUAUCUACUGCUGUAGCUACACCUCACACAGCACUGACCCCUGUGAUAACCCAGCACGACCUCUGUGUGACCCCUGUGAUAACCCAGCACGACCUCUGUGUGACCCCUGUGAUGACCCAGCACGACCUCUGUGUGACCCCUGUGAUAACCCAGCACGACCUCUGUGUGACCCCUGUGAUAACCCGGCACGACCUUUGAGUGACCGCCUCUGCCUCAUGCCGAGUGGCGGAAACCCGACAGACUAUCUGGACUAACGGGUGUUUCGGUAAAACUGAAGACAGAUGCGUUGCAUCAACCAGCACAGCCCCGAUUGGCACACCAUCUCUGAGUCUGUGUGAAAACAAAGUGAACACUUUGAACCCGUUGAAGUGUUUUUUUUUCUCCAAAAUUCUAAGUCAGUGUUCCAAGUUCAGUUGCUCAAUAACCAGCUGUGAUUGUUACAUUAGAAUGUUCAGUUAAGUAUGAGGUU